CGCAAUGAGAACUGCAGGUAGUCCGCCAUUGCUGCAUGAAGAAGUAUCGGAUCUGGCGUUUGGCUGUCAACAAUAAACUUGCGGUGCCGGGACGCGGAGCUACCGAGGUCGAGUGAAAGCUCGUCGGCUGCUCCAUAAACCAGUAGUCACCCCCGUCCCUCCCUGGAUAACACUUUCAUGUGAAUACAGAGCCCCACGGACGAGGCAACCAUGUCCAAUCUCAGCAAAGGCGGCACCAAGAAGGACACCAAAAUGAGGAUACGGGCCUUUCCUAUGACGAUGGAUGAGAAGUACGUCAACAAUAUUUGGGACCUUCUGAAGAAUGCCAUCCAGGAGAUUCAGAGGAAGAAUAACAGUGGUCUGAGCUUUGAGGAACUAUACAGGAACGCCUACACAAUGGUGCUCCACAAACAUGGAGAGAAGCUGUACACAGGCCUGCGGGAGGUCGUCACUGAACACCUUAUCAACAAAGUACGAGAAGAUGUCCUCAACUCCCUAAAUAAUAACUUCCUCCAAACCCUAAAUCAGGCCUGGAAUGACCAUCAGACGGCGAUGGUCAUGAUCAGAGACAUCCUGAUGUAUAUGGACCGAGUUUAUGUACAGCAGAACAAUGUAGAGAAUGUCUACAACCUGGGUCUUAUCAUCUUUAGGGAUCAGGUGGUUCGCUAUGGCUGCAUCAGAGACCACCUCCGACAGACCCUGCUGGACAUGAUCGCACGCGAGAGGAAGGGGGAAGUGGUGGACAGGGGGGCCAUUAGAAAUGCCUGCCAGAUGUUAAUGAUCCUCGGCCUUGAAGGGAGAUCUGUUUAUGAAGAAGACUUUGAGGCACCGUUCUUAGAAAUGUCUGCAGAAUUUUUCCAGAUGGAGAGCCAAAAGUUCCUUGCGGAAAACAGUGCCAGCGUGUACAUAAAGAAGGUGGAAGCCAGAAUUAAUGAGGAGAUUGAGCGAGUGAUGCACUGCCUGGAUAAGUCCACAGAGGAGCCUAUUGUCAAGGUGGUGGAAAGGGAACUCAUCUCCAAACACAUGAAAACCAUUGUAGAGAUGGAGAACUCAGGCCUGGUCCACAUGCUCAAGAACGGCAAAACAGACGACUUGGCGUGCAUGUACAAGCUGUUCAGCAGGGUUCCCAAUGGGCUGAAGACCAUGUGUGAGUGUAUGAGCUCAUACCUGCGGGAGCAAGGCAAGGCUCUCGUGUCAGAGGAGGGCGAGGGAAAGAAUCCUGUAGACUACAUCCAGGGUUUGCUGGACCUGAAGUCCCGUUUCGACCGCUUCCUCCAGGAGUCUUUCAAUAAUGACAGGCUCUUCAAACAAACCAUUGCUGGUGACUUUGAGUACUUCCUUAACCUCAACUCUCGCUCGCCCGAGUACCUCUCACUUUUCAUCGAUGACAAAUUGAAGAAAGGUGUUAAAGGGCUGACAGAGCAGGAGGUGGAGUCUAUACUGGACAAGGCCAUGGUGCUUUUCCGCUUCAUGCAGGAAAAGGACGUGUUUGAGAGGUACUACAAGCAGCACCUGGCCCGCAGGCUGCUCACCAACAAGAGCGUCUCUGAUGACUCUGAGAAAAACAUGAUCUCAAAGCUUAAGACUGAAUGCGGCUGUCAGUUCACAUCCAAACUGGAGGGCAUGUUCCGGGAUAUGAGCAUCUCGAACACCACCAUGGAUGAGUUUAGACAACAUCUACAAACAACUGGGGUGUCACUUGGAGGGGUUGAUCUCACUGUGAGAGUCUUGACCACGGGAUACUGGCCAACACAAUCAGCAACACCCAAGUGCAAUAUCCCUCCUUCACCACGACAUGCAUUUGAAGUAUUUAGGAGGUUUUAUCUUGGUAAGCACAGCGGCAGACAACUCACACUGCAGCACCAUAUGGGCUCUGCAGAUCUAAAUGCCACCUUCUAUGGUCCCAUCAAAAAGGAGGACGGGUCAGAGGUUGGAGUGGGAGGAGCCCAGGUGACAGGCUCCAACACCAGGAAGCACAUCCUGCAGGUCUCCACCUUCCAGAUGACCAUCCUCAUGCUUUUCAACAACAGAGAGAAGUCCACCUUUGAGGAGAUCCAGCAGGAGACAGACAUCCCAGAGAGGGAGCUGGUGCGAGCGCUGCAGUCGCUGGCCUGUGGGAAACCCACUCAGAGAGUCCUCACCAAGGAGCCCAAGUCCAAGGAGAUUGAGAAUGGCCAUGUGUUUACAGUCAAUGACCAGUUUACCUCCAAACUACACCGUGUCAAGAUCCAGACAGUGGCUGCUAAACAGGGAGAGUCAGACCCAGAGAGGAAGGAGACGCGACAGAAAGUGGACGACGACAGGAAGCAUGAGAUCGAAGCUGCCAUCGUUCGCAUCAUGAAGUCUAGAAAGAAGAUGCAGCAUAAUGUCCUAGUAGCAGAGGUCACACAGCAGUUGCGAGCUCGAUUCCUCCCUAGUCCUGUAGUCAUCAAGAAGCGCAUUGAAGGACUCAUUGAGAGGGAAUAUUUGGCACGAACACCGGAGGACCGCAAAGUGUACACUUAUGUAGCAUAAAACAAGUGAAUUCAAUGAAAGCUAACAUCGAGUUGAGAGAAACUGAGAGCCUUGUUUUUUUUGUGGACUGCUAUGCGUUUGAAUGAACUUGGAAGUGCUUUCAUCAUUGAUUCUGGGAAACACUGGGAAGCUUAACUUUUCUUCCAUAAAUUGUGUAAAAAAAAAAACAAAAAAAAAAAACGUGCAAAAGAUGGGGAAGUUUUCUAUCAAUAUUAGAUUUCUUCAACUGACAGAAAUGAAAGGAGGGGAUCUAGUUUUGUAUAAAAUCAUGUUUCUUGUGGCCUUUGGAGAGAAUUGGGUGAGCCUGUUUGCCAGUUACCUACAUGCUGUCGAGAACGACCGUCAACAUGUUAGAGCAAACGCGUGGCUACGUGAAGACCAAGAAAACAUUUGAAUUCACUCCCCUGUUUAAAAUGUUGAUGUCAGUGUGUUAUGUUUGUGUUUUGUGGCACAAUGAUGGCUGUACAGGUUGACAGGCACUCUUGGCCUUUUCCUCCCAGAGGAUUUUAAAUUUAAAGAAGAGGACAAAGUGUUAACUGGCACAGACCUGGUUUACAACAGCAGUAAAAUACAUUUUGAGUACUUGAGAAAACAUGAAGAGUGCUUAAUUUAUGUUGCAAAUAUGUCUGUUUUUUGAGGUUGUUUUAAUGUCUGAUAUGAAUUAAGUGCACCUCACUUGAAAUAUUUAAUGCCAUUUUCAAUACUUUGGCCAGGUCUGUACUAGUGGUUAGAGAGAUCAAGAGCUGUAGCUUCACAGCAUGCUUUUAUCUAAUGGAUCAAUCAGGGGAAUAAGGCACACACAAAAGCUCCAUAAAUGCUGUUUGGUCUCUCAUGACACAUUUUUCACUUCAGGCCUGCUGUAUGAUUGGCCAAAAACGUAUCUCCUCUCUUUGAAUGGAAGGUUCCUUGUGGUGCAGGUUUCAAAGAGGAUUUUUUUUUCCAUUCUCGACUGCAUUUUGAACAGGUGGAACCAGUCUAGCACCGUGUUCUAAUGUGUACAAAUUGUAAAAUAAUUAUUGUACUCACUGAGAAGGUGGAUUGUACAGGGCCUUGUUUUCAUCAUAUUAAAUGUAGAAUUAAAAAAAAUGAAGGGAUGGGUUUUCUUUUUUUAA